AUGAAUAAUCAGAAUACAGUAGUAUAUGUGAAGUUGAAAGGUAAGAGACCUGAAGGCUUUAUAAAUCCUCCUAAGUUCGAAUGGAAUUUGGAUAAAGAGAGACAGUUAUGGGCAAUUGUAUCUAAAUUAGAAAAUUAUCAGGAUCAAAUUGACUGGCAGGGAUUAUCACAUACGUUAGAUGUUCCAGAUUAUUUCCUCAAGAAGAGAAGCUAUAAGCUAUUUGCCAAACGUUUAAAGCUUCUAGAGCAACAGAUUGAAAGGAAAAUCAAGAUUGAUAAUGAUGGAAAACCUCAAGAGAGUACCACUCAAAUUGGGCCCAGCCUUAGUUUUGAUGAUGAAAAUACUACUACUGAUGAUCAACGUUCCUUGGAGGAAAAUGCCAAUGCAAAUAUUUUAGAAAAGACCACUAUGAGGACGUUGCAACAAUUACAUACUUCCAAGAUUCUUAGCCGACCCCGUUUACCAUCUAGUAAUGGCAGAGACACUAGAAAUGGUAGCCAGAACCAGAGCAAUUCUGAUAGUGAAUCAUCUUCGAGCUUAAGUGUCAGUAACUCAGCUCUGGAAGAAGCACUAAUGGACCGUUUGAAGCUCUGA